AUGGACAAACUGAAGAUAGCGGAAUGGGGAGAGAAGCUAAAGACUGGAGGAGCUCAGAUGAGUAGAAUGGUGAGUGGGAAAGUGAAAGAGAUGCUCCAAGCUCCGACCUUGGAAUCGAAAAUGGUGGAUGAAGCUACUCUGGAGACCUUAGAGGAGCCCAACUGGGGAAUGAACAUGAGGAUAUGCGCUCAGAUCAACAACGAGGAGUUCAACGGCACCGAGAUCGUUAGAGCCAUCAAGAGGAAGAUCUCAGGUAAGAGCCCCGUGAGCCAAAGGCUUAGCCUUGAGCUUCUCGAAGCUUGUGCUAUGAACUGCGACAAGGUCUUCUCCGAAGUCGCUUCCGAGAAAGUUCUUGAUGACAUGGUUUGGUUGGUCAAGAAUGGUGAAGCUGAUUCCGAGAACAGAAGCAGAGCUUUCCAGCUUAUUAGAGCUUGGGGACGAUCUCAGGAUCUUGCUUACCUUCCUGUUUUCCAACAGACUUAUUUGAGCUUGGAAGGCGAAAAUGUUUUGAAUGCUCGCGGUGAAGAGGAUUCAAUGGCGGGACAAAGUUCUUUGGAGUCUCUCAUGCAACGUCCUGUUCCAGUGCCUCCACCUGGUAGCUAUCCAGUUCCUAACCAAGAACAGGCUCGUGGAGAGGAUGACGAUGGUGUUGAUUAUAACUUUGGGAACUUAUCGAUCAAGGAUAAGAAAGAACAGAUUGAGAUUACAAGGAACAGCCUCGAGUUGCUCUCUAGCAUGUUGAACACUGAAGGGAAGCAAAGUCACACUGAGGACGAUCUAACGGUAAGCUUGAUGGAGAAAUGCAAGCAAUCACAGCCGUUGAUUCAAAUGAUUAUAGAGAGCACAACAGACGACGAGGGAGUUCUAUUCGAGGCUCUGCAUCUGAACGAUGAGCUUCAAAGUGUUCUAUCUAGUUACAAGAAGCUUGGUGAAACUGAGAAGAAAGUGGAACAAGAAUCAUCGGGAAGCAAAGAUGUUGGUUCGAAAUCAACAGGAGAAGAACAACAAGCUGUGAAGAAAACGGAUGAUGAUGAUGAUGGCACAAAACAUUCAGAAUCAUCAGGAUCCUCCAGCAAAGCCGUCAAAGAAGAUAAGCAGGUGAAAAUAGAACUCGGGUUAUCGAGUGACGAAGAUGAGAAAUGA